CGGUCUUUUGUAGACACCACCUUCUUUUCAGAUUGUGGAAUUCUAACAUCUUCAAAGAUGCUUACGUCUCGGAUCUUCUUCUUGCUCGCGAUCAAGAAUGUCGCGUCUCAAAGCGGUGUGGAUCUCGAUGCGCCUAUGCUGAUCGGAGGGGGUAUUCGAGGACCGGGUGCAAUGCUGCGAUUUGGUUGUUCGCAGAUUGUUAUUGAGCGACUAGACCCGCUAGUUAAUCCAGGAAUGAGCCCAUCAACACACAUGCAUCAGAUCGUCGGAUCGGAUGCUUUCAACUCCUCCAUGCCCUACGCCGAUAUAGCCAAUCUCUCCUCGUGCACUUCAUGCCACUUCACCCAAGACCUCUCCAACUACUGGACCGCAAACCUCUACUUCAAAGCACGAAAUAACACCUACAAACGCAUCCCGCAAACCGCAAACCAAUUCAACGACGGAGACGAAGGCGGGAUAACCGUAUACUACACUUCCCCCGCACCUAACGCGACUACCGCGUUCAAGCCCGGUUUCCGCAUGCUCACGGGCGACGCAAUGCGUCGCACCCCCACCAAUCUAGGAAAAAACAAACAGCAGUGCUAUCGCUGCUACCCGGAGCCGAAUUGGGGCGGGAGUCCGUAUCCACCGUGUAUGGACCCGAAGUGGGAUACCGAACACUUGCCGCAGCAGCCGUGUCCGGGGGGAAUACGAUCGAACAUCAUCUUUCCUCAAUGCUGGGAUGGGAAGAACCUGGAUAGUCCGAACCAUCAAGAUCAUGUUGCGCAUCCGGUUGGUGGACCAGUUGCGUUUCCGAUUGUGAAUGGGACGUGUCCUACUUCGCAUCCGGUGAGGGUUCCGCAGGUUAUGUUUGAGGUUAUGUGGGAUACCAGUGGUUUCAACGAUAAAGAAGAGUGGCCAGAGGAUGGCACACAACCUCUUGUUCUAUCAACCGGCGAUGGCACCGGAUAUGGACAGCACGGUGAUUAUGUGUUCGGUUGGGAAGGCGAUUCGCUGCAGCGAUCUAUGGACAACCAUUGCUAUCUGAGGAAUUGCACACAGCUUACGGAGCAAGCGCCGCGGAUCAAGAAUUUGUGCAAGGUGCCCGACACUGUCAAUGAAGACGUUGAUGGAUGGAUGAGCGAGCUACCUGGAGGUGGCGAAAGCGGCUGA